AUGGAGGGGGUUCUGGUGAGUGCAGCUGCAGGGGCCCUGAACUCUGUCCUGGAGAAGUUGGGUACUCUGCUGGUGAACGAGUACAACCUGCACAAGGGGGUGCGCGGUGAAAUCAAGUCUCUGACCGAUGAGCUUACCGCCAUGCACGCCUUUCUCCUGAAGAUGUCGGAGGAGGAGGAUCCUAAUGUGCAAGAUAAGGUAUGCUUGGCCACUGUGCGGGAGCUCUCCUAUGAUAUAGAGGACUCCAUCGAUGACUUCAUGCAAGACGAAACCAACAAAGAAGUUAGGCCAGAUGGCUUCAUAAGUAAGAUCAAGCAUAUUCUCGGGAAGUUGGGGAAGAGGAAGGCUGACCAUAAGAUAUUCCAAGAUUUGAAGAAACAAGUCAUUGAAGCAGGCAAGAGGAAUGCAAGGUACAAUACACGUCAGGCCUUCUCCAACACAAAAAAUGCAACAAUUGACCCUAGAGCUUUUGCUAUCUUUGAGCAUGCCUCAAAACUCGUUGGAAUUGAUGAAUCCAAGUCAGAGGUAAUCAAACUAUUGACUGAAGGUGCGUCAACAGGUGAGAGACUAAAGCUGGUCUCCAUCGUAGGAUCUGGAGGAGUGGGCAAAACAACUCUUGCAAACCAAGUGUACCAAGACCUCAAAGAAAGAUUUGAAUGUCGAGCCUUCUUAUCUGUGUCGCGGAAUCCAAAUAUGAUGAAUAUCAUGAGAACUAUUCAUAGUCAAGUUAGUGGUCUAUGUUUUGCUGACACCGAGGCAGGGAGCAUUCAGCAAGUCAUCAUCAAUAUUAGUUGCUUCCUUUCAUACAAAAGGUAUUUUGUUGUCAUUGAUGAUAUAUGGGAUGUGGAUGCGUGGAAUGUUAUUAAGUUUGCAUUCCCCAUGACUGAAUAUGGUGGCGUAAUAAUUACCACAACUCGUAUGGGUGACGUUGCAUGCUUGUGUCGUUCAUCAAUCGGCGGCCAUAUUUACAAUAUACAGCCUCUUAAUAUGGUGCACUCAAGACAACUGUUUCACAGAAGAUUGUUCAAUUCCGAAGAAGAUUGCCCUUCAUCACUUGAAAUGGUUUCUAGCCAAAUCUUGGAAAAGUGUGAUGGCUUGCCACUGGCAAUCAUUGCUAUAUCUAGUUUGUUGGCUAACAUAGAAAGAACAGAGCAUCGAUGGAGCCAAGUGAAAGAUUCAAUUGGUCGUGCUCUCGAAAGGAACCCCAGUGUCAAAGGAAUGAUUAAGAUAUUGUCACUUAGUUACUUCGAUCUUCCUCCUCAUCUGAAAACGUGCCUCUUGUAUCUGAGUAUAUUCCCAGAAGAUUCUAUUAUUGAGAAGAAGGGUUUGAUAAGAAGAUGGAUUGCCGAAGGAUUUGUUUACAAAGAUAGCAUAUAUAAGGCAUUUGAGUUAGGAGAGAGGUAUUUUAAUGAGCUCAUCAAUAGAAGUUUGAUCCAACCCGUGAAGCUGGGAAUAUAUGGUGAAGUGCGAUCUUGCCGAGUUCAUGAUACAAUUCUUGAUUUCAUAGUAUCAAAAUCCAUCGAAGAGAACUUUGUUACUUUCAUUGGUGUCCCCAGUUUACCUAUCAGGGCACAAGGAAGAGUUCGUCGCCUCUCCAUGCAAGUUCAAGGGGAAGGAAAUCAUGUCAUGCCAAUGACCCUAGUAUUAUCCCAUGUUCGAUCACUUAAUGUGUUUGCGGAUAUAGUGGAAAUCCCUUCAAUGAUGGAGUUCAGGCAUUUGCGCAGUAUGGACUUUGGAGGAUGCAAUCCAUUGGGCAUUUGGGGAUGCAGACAGUUAGAAAACCACCAUCUUGCAAAUGUAGGAAGGUUGUUUCAGCUAAGGUACCUCAACAUUUCCGUGACACAUGUAAGCAAACUCCCAGAACAAAUCGGAGAUCUUCAGUGCUUAGAGAUGUUGGACAUAAGGGAGACAGAGGUACAUAGUUUACCGGCGGGUAUUGUCAAUCUUAGAAAACUGAAACACUUACUAGUUGGCAAUGGUCUUACAUUUCCUGACCAAAUUGCGAAGAUGCAAGCACUCGAGAUUUUGAAGUGUGUGGAUAUCUCCAGCCAGUCAUAUAAAUUUCUGGAAGGGCUUGGGCAGCUAAAGAAUCUGAGGAAGUUGCACCUUUAUUUUGAGGAUAUUGAGGAAUAUCAACAAAUUGAAGUUACUGCUUCUUCUCUCCGUAACCUAGGCACACAUAACCUUAGUUCUCUAAAAAUGGAGUUUCUUGACGACAACACCUCACUGGAUACAGCAUGGUGCACUUCCCCACCGCUUAACCUCCAAAAACUUGGGACUACUUAUUGUCUCCUCCCAAAGGUUCCUGAUUGGGUAAAAUCACUAGCCAACCUUCAGAAGUUACGCUUGCAAGUGGAGAGAAUCAGGGAUGAAGAUCUGUGCAUCCUGGGAGCCUUGCCUGCUCUGCUCAUGCUGAAUCUCGAAGGAGCGGAAGAUCAGACCCCUUGUGAAGACAGAAGGCUAACAGUCAGUGCUGAAGCUGGGUUUAAAUGCCUGAGCAUGUUUAAUUAUUUCGCGCAGGGAGAUGGGAUGGAUCUCGUGUUUGCAGCAGGAUGCAUGCCCAAGCUAGAGAAACUGGUGAUUGUCUUUUACAGGUGUUCUGAAAAAGAGACUCUCAGCAGCAGUCCUGGUGCUUUGGAUUUCGGAAUGGAGAACCUCUCCAGCCUCCUUACAUUCGAAUGUCAAUUAGAUUCGAAAAUCAACAAGAGUACUGUUGGCGCCGUAAAGGCUUCUCUGGAGAGAGCAGUCGGUGCACAUCCCAACAAACACCUUACUCUAAUCUUCAAGGAAAAGACUGAUCGAUAUUGGUGA